AUGAGUAUAAAUAAAUCUCAUAACUUAUUAAAAAAUUCUAUUAAAGAGAGAAAAGAGCAUGAUUAGUACAGCGAAGAGUGGAGUCCGAAUUCAUAAAUGAAGCUGUAGCAUGUUCUUUAAUAUAUAAAAAGACUAAGAGAUUAGAAGCGUGCUUAUAAUUUAGUGAUGAAUUUACCUUCAAGAAUGUUGAGAAGUUUUGAUAAAAAUAAAUUUGAUCUUUUAAACGAUAAAGCUUUUCACUAUGAUGAAAAGACAUACUUAUAGUUAAUAAACUAAAAUAAUAUUAAUAAUAAUAAUUUAUAAAACAAUAUAAGCUAAACACAAGAGCCUAAGAAUUAAGACAAAACUAGGCAAACUUAAAGCUUAAAUUUAUCUAAUUCUAGAUAUAAUAACUAUUUUGAGUAGGAUUCUGUUCUUUGUGACAAAAAAAAAUAAUAGACAAACAGUAUCAGUAAGUAAAUAAGCUAAAUUUAAAUUAAGAAUUUGAAAGAUAAUUUAAUAACAAUUAAGUCAUCUAUUGUUAAAAUACUUGAGUAAAUUCCAGUAAUACUGCCUUCAAGCCCUUUGAAGUUUAUUUGGGAUUUGAUUUUCAUGAUUUUAUUAAUUAUUUGCCUAUUUUAUUUACCAAUUACUAUUUCAUUUGGAUUCAUAUUCCCUGAUUUGAUUUCUUAAUGCUAUUUGAUAACUAUUCCUACUUUGAUAUUGUUAAACACAUUCUUCUAAAUUAAUACUGGGUACUAUAAAAAAGGAUAAGUAAUAAUUAGUAGAUUUAAAAUUAUUAAAAAAUAUGUAAAAAAAACACUCAUCCAAGACCUUAUUUGUGUUUUCCCACUUACAUUCACACUUUAUUAUUAAACUUAUAAAUACUAACAGAAAUAGUAUUAAGAUAUUGAUGAAAAUAAUGCUUCCUUUUAACUUCUCCUUUUGCCUUUUAUUUUCAAAGUUUUCUCUAUAAAUGCAACUUUAAAAAAUUUUGAAGAAAGAUUUAACUUACCUAAAUUCUUGCUCAAUAUGAUUUAAUUGGCCAAGCUUUUAUUAACAAUAAUUUUUAUUAAUCACUUAUUUGCUUGCCUCUGGCUUUACAUAGCUCGUAUAGAGAGAAAGUAUGGCGUAGAUUAAAUUUGGUUGAACUAUAACAAUAUUCAAAAUGCUAAUUGGUCUCAACAAUAUGUAGCUGGUUUCUAUUUUAUGACUGUAACCAUGAUAACUGUUGGCUAUGGAGAUUUCCUACCAUUAAAUUAACAAGAGUAAAUUCUCAGUGUUAUAACUAUGAUGCUAGCAUGUGGUGUUUUUGGUUAUACUUUAAAUGAAGUAGGAUCAAUAUUCAAUAAUUUUUUCUAAGUCGAUAGAGAGAUUAAAAGAAAAUAAAUUCUAAUUUAGAAAUUCAUGAGUACAAAAAAUAUUAAUAAAAGAUUAUAAUAUCAAAUAAGAGAGUAUUUAGAAUAUUGUUGGAGAGAGUAGGCAGAGACUGAUUAUGAAGAAAAGUAGAUGAUAAUUGAUUAAUUAAGUGAUUCACUUAGAUAAAAACUACUCUUUGAAGCAAACAAAAUUGUUCUGAGAGAUAAUCCAAUAUUUAAGCAGAAUUUUUCAAAAAAUGUUAUUGAAAAAACUGUGCCUUUGAUUCUAGAAAUGAAAUAUUCCCCUGAGAGUAUAAUUUGCUAAAAAGGAGUAUUGGAUGAUUGCUCUAUUUAUUUUAUAGAAAAAGGAUCAAUCGAAAUUGUACUGAAUCCUAAGGGAAACAAUCAAGUAUAGCUAUUAAAGCUGAACAAAGGUGAAUCGUUUGGAUCUCAUAGCUUUUUUACUGGUCUUCCAAGGAUUAAUAAUAUCAGAUCGUGUGAAUUUACAACUGUUUUAAAGAUAAAAAGACAAGAUUUCUUGUAAUUGUUAUCAUGCUAUCCUGAAGAUUAUGAGACUUUUUGUUUCAUUCGCGAUCAAAUAAACUUUUUGAAUGACUAUUCAAAAAUAGGAUAAGUUUGCAAGAGUUGUAGCUCAAGCUAUCACAUGAUAAAUGAUUGCUAGUAUCUUCAUUACAUAUCAAAUAAGGCUAGAAUAAUUAAAAUGUAUAAUGAUGAGAAUAAUAUCAAUUAAACUGAAAGAACUCCUCAUUAACGAAGAAAUCCUAAUGUUAAUUAUCACUACAAGAAUUCAUUAGUCAUUUAACAUGAUGUUGUUAAGCAAAAUUUAAUCUUCUUGGAAUAAAAUGAAAGUUUACUAAAUUUUAGUGAUGAAGAUACUGAAUUUUCAGACGGAUAUUAUAACUAAGAGAGUUUAAGAGGAUAGUAAAAUAUUUAAAGAUAUCCCAAUACAGAUGGAUCAAAUUUCAAAAAAAACAUCUUUCUUAUCUCUGAGCAAUCUACACUUAAAGAAUAAGAAAACGAUAGCAAUUUUAAGUAUCCACUUACUAAAAAGAACACGAUAUCAAAGUUUGGAUAAGAUUAUAAUCAUACUGUUAGCAGAAGUUUAAAUACAAUAGAUAAAAAUUUAGAUAGUGCUCUUGAAAAUACAACAUUUUAGAAUGAUAUUUUAUCAUUAAAUAUCCCAGAUAUUUCCUAAUAAUAAUAGAACAUUUAAUUUAAUUCACCUUCUCUUGAAUAUGAUGCUACAAGCAAAAAAAAUGUAAUAACACCUUCUUCGAGAAAAAAUUAUGAUAUGUAAUUCAAUACAAUCAAUAGAAUGAGAACAAAUACAGCUGAUAAAAGUGAGAAUAAUUACGAUUAAAAUAUUUCAUUUAACUAAGCUUAUUAGAACUUUUCUUGUGAAGCAAAUAACAGGUAAGGUUUAUAGACUAAGCUAUAAAAUUAAUAAGCGAACGAAGAUUCAUUUGCUAAAAAAUCCAAAUCGAUUUCUCAUUAAUAGCAAAAGAGUUUAAAAAACCGCAGUUAAAUAAGCUAAGAUGAGUUUGAAAAGACCCUUUCAUCAGAAAAUAAAAAUAUGUAGGGAUCAAAUGGGAAUGACAGGAAAAAAAAUAGAUUGCAAAAAAGCCCUACCGAAUAAAUUAGUUUGAUUUUAAAGCAAGUAAAAAUACUUGUAAAUCAAAACUAGCAUAACUAAAUUAAUGAAAAGAAAAAAACAUAAUAAAUGGAAGAUGAUAUUGGAUAGUUUGAUAUCUUUUUAAAUUUUGAAAAAAUGAGAUAGUUUAUUAAAUAUAACCCUAGAUAUAAUUUCUCUAGUGUAAUUAGUAGAUUCAAUUAGAUUCAGGAUUUGAAAAAUAAAAAUAUUAGAAGCAAAAAAUCUUGUAGAAUUAAAAAGCUAACUACACAAGUGUUGACAAAGACAUAGUUUAACACUUAAUUAGAUUCAAAAAAGCUUUAAAAAAACAUAUCAAGUAAUAAGCAAAUCACAAAUAAUUAAUAUGAACAUACAGAAUCAAAACAAGAUUCUAAAAAAGUUCAUACCUAUUCUGCUAAGUAAGAUUCUGAUCUAGAUCCUACCUCUUAAGAAACAUAAAGCUAAAACCCGAAGAAUUUUUCGAAAGCAAAUAACUUUAAUAAUGAUAUCAGCUUUUAAGUUGGAAACAUAUAAUAGACAAUAUCCUAAAUUAUUGAAGGAAUAAAUAAAAAAUAGUAAUUAGAAAAUUUUAGCAUUAAUCCAAAUAGGCGUGAAUUAGAUAUAGAUUCAAAUAAUAAUAGCGAUAUUAUGAGUGAAUCCAGUUUUUAAAGCAAAUUUGGUAUUAAUAAAUUUUAAUAAUAAUAAGUAGGUGCUUUCGAACGACUAAAGAAAGAUUAUUGA